AUGCCACAUGAGAUGAAUAUCUACCGUACGUUCAGAGAAUACCAUCUGCACUAUGAGCUGUGGUUGACAGGGAUUUCGUGCGUUCUCAACGGCACACUGAUUUAUUUGGUUUUGACGACUAGGAAUAGUGUGAUGAGAAGUUACGGGUGGAUCGUGCUGAUGAGUGUGGCUGGGGAUUUGAUUUACACCUUUGUCAAUAUCGUCACCAUGGAGGUAGGCUCUCAACAGAAUCUGUAAAGGCCAAUUAUCGCUCCGGCGGAAAAAUAAUAAGCGCAAUAUUGCUGCGCCGAUUGCGUUGCUGAAGUGCAAUGCAAGUUGCUUCUUCCGCGAUAGAAUUCAUUUUCUCGGCGGCGAUGCAAUUUUCGAAGCUAAAGAGUGCUCAUUAUUUUCCCGACAGAUUGAUAAGCCGGCCAAAAAGCCUGUAUCAGUCUGUCGGGAAAAUAGCGUGGACCGCAAUUGCGACGAGACGAGACCUUUUGCUGCGACAAAUCCACAUUAUUUUCCCGACAGAUUGAUAAGUGUCGAAAGGCCCGACAACCCAGUAACGAGACGAGAAGCUCAAGAGUCAAGUGAUUUAUUCAGUGGAAAAGGAGGCCCUUUUAUAGGGAAGCCCCACGUGGGAAAUCUAAUUUGAAUAAAUGUAGAUCGUUCCUCGUGGGAAAAUCCCCGAAGUUCGGUCGUUCCGCCUCACAAUAAGCAAGCCAAAAGGUUUUGACAAGCUUGCACUGAGCGCCGCACGUCAAACUGAGGAGCCCGGUGACCGGAAUAGACUCUUCGCUAUCGGUGUUUUACAUUUCGUCUUGAUUUCCAGAGAAAGAGAGAAAAAAGACACGCAAAAGCGUACUCUCUCGCCCCAAAAAUUCCCCAUUUCUCCCCCGACAAAACGUUUUUUCGCGUCUUUUUUUGGCAUAUUCCCAAUCCAUUCACCGGACUGUUUUAGCUUAUCUCAGUUUGACGUGCGCCGCCGCGCAAAAAACCUCUCGCACGGAGACGAGGAAAGUUUGACGGCGCACGCCGACCACGCACAGUGCGAAAUGGAUGCUUUCGAGAAGGAUUGAAACCGUACAGUGCGAAAACAUGUCAGGACUAUUUCGUGGUCCGCCUAGUAUCAGUCUGUCGGGAAAAUAAUGUGGAUUCAUCACCCCUUGGAAUCGCCCAUCGCUUUGCAACGGCUAACCGCCGCCGGAGAUUUGGUGUGCGACUACAAUGAAGCGAGACACUUCACUGCGAUGAAUCCUUAUUAUUUUCCGGACAGACUCAUAUAUAGACUGAUACUAGUCGUUCCAGAAAGUGAGUGCACUUUUUUUCGCGGCGCACAGUGCAUUUUUCUUCUUUUUGCACUGUGCAAUUGUCGUCGCGCGCCCAAAAUGCGCGGCGACAGAGUUGAAAAAAGCUUGUGUCGCUGCGAUUUUUGAAUUGCACGGUGCAAAAGGUCAAAUGCACAGUGCGGAAAAUUUGCGACGAAAGGUGCAUGCACUUUCUGGAACGCCUAGUAUACAUACAUAAAACCCUUCAACCCUUCCACAUUUCAGGUAGUAGAAGUGAAAGGAGGGGUGUCCUUCUUUAUCACCCUCGGCCCCUUCGAACACACGGGAUACCCGUACAACUUCUUGAUGGCCUCUCUGUUCCUGGGCGCCCUGUAUACAACCGUUUUUACACUGGGAAUGCAAUUCGUUUACAGAUAUUUCGCCCUUUGCCGGAAUCCACUGACCGUGGCCGAGUUCGCAGGCAUGUAUUUCAGCGGGGUAUUUUCGAUGUUCGCCAUUGCGCUGCUAUCGUUUUUUGCGUUUCGAGAUAUGAGUGAGGAAGAUACGGAGCUGCUAAAAGGACAUCCGGCUUAUACCUAUGAUACGCCAAUUUAUAUGGCGGUCGAUCCGGUAAGAAUGUAAAUGUUGAAAAAAGUGUAAGAGCUAAGCCUUAAAAAUCACAUUUUAAUGUUUUAAAAAGGUAGUAAUUCAGUUGUAUUCAACUUCAGGGCUCUGUUCACUCCCGGCUUCAUAUCGCUUUCAGUCAAUCAACGGUGAUCUGCGUCUACGCUGUGAUCAUCUAUACGGGAAGAAAGAUCAACGCAAAGCUUCGAGAUGUUUCCACAGAUAUGAGCGAGUCUACGAGGGCCGCUCAUAAACAGCUCAACAAAGUGAUGAUCAUCCAGGUAGGCAGUGAUUUUUUUGUAAAUUUUGGCAAGUUUCGUGGUUGUUUAUUCCACAGACGGUAGUGUUUUCAUAAAAAAACUGAUUUUUUCCGCAGCCGACGUUUGCGGGCAACCAACACCUGAGGGUAGCCGGGUGGAGAUGGAGAAAAAUAUUAAAUGUUGGCAAAUUUCCAAAAUAUCACAGAAAUUUUUCCACCUCCACCCUGCUGCCCUCAGGUGUCGGCUGCCCGCAAACAAAUUUGCCCCUAAAGCGGUUGCCCGCAAAGUGGUUUCCCGCAAGUGUCGCGACAUCCGGGCCAUUUAUGCAAAUUCUUGGGAACUUCUAUGGGAAUUAUGACCCUAUAUUAGUCUACUUUGCAGCUGUAGACUUCCUCGUUUUUCAGGCUUCCUAUCCAGCGGUUGUUCUUGGCCUACCGAUCCUUGUGGCCACUCUGUGCAUCCAACUUCGAGUUGACGUUCUUUGGGCAGGACUAUAUCUAGUUCCGAGCGCGUCACUCAUUCCGAUGGCCAAUGCGAUAACCGUGAUGCUGGUUAUUCCUUCAUUUCGCAACCGGCUUCUUGGGAAGCUGCAGAAGAGUGGAAAGAUCAAAGGAGUUUCGGGUUCAAAGGCGUUUUCCACCGAACUCAAGCCAAAUAUGAGUUCGAUGUUGUGA